UGAAAAGUGAAGGAAAGGGGAGGGUAGAGUUGAGGUGCGGGGUGGGGUGUGUGAAGGGUGAGGAGAGAAAGGGGGACUACAUUUGGGUGAUCGCCAUGGAGUUAGCUCACACUGGUUUAGAGGGUAUUCUUACACCCCUUCACACCCAUGUCGCCUCCCCAUCACCACCACCACCACAACCACCACCCUGCAUGGAGGUGAUCUUGAGGCCAGUGGUGGUGGUAGUGGUGGAGCGAGAAAGACCUAGCAACGGAGGAGAAAAAAUAAAUCUUCUAAGGAGCACAACAUUUCUACCUGUUCCCUACUGGGUUAAGGAAACACCAAAAGCAGCGCCAACAUGAGUGACAUAGAGUUCAGCGGGACAGACUCAGAGCCGGUGUCUGAUGUGAACCCGGAGGAGAUGGCAAGGCUGAUGGCAGACAUUGAUGAAAUAGAUGACAACCUGUUCAAGAGUAAUCUGAAGUCAGUCAACAAGCCAGAGAGUGCCAAAGCCAGUGGCCCAGAGAAAAAGGAUGCCAAGCGACAAGUGACCUUCAGUGAGGAGCCGUCACCAGGAAAAGACAAGAAAAGUGACAAUGGUGAUGACUGGGAUGCUGAUGACCUGCUGUACUCUGAUGAUGAUGCCAAGCCCUCAAAGAAGCCAGCCAAAAAGCCUCUCUCACCAGAUAAACCAUCACCAUCAGCUAAGAAGGCUGCAGACACAGGCAAGAAAGAAGAUACACCAAUGGGGAUCGGAAGCCAGAGGAACAAAGACAAAAAAAAGUUGAUGGCAGAACUUUUCGAUGACUCUUCAGGUAAAACCAAGUCACCUGAGGCCACAGAGUCCCCAGACAAAGCACCUCCAAGGAAGGACAAGAAGAAGCUAAUGUCAGAACUGUUUGGUGGAGAUGACAGUCCUGCCAAACCCAGUGCAUCACCAGGAAAACCAAGCCAGCCAGAGGAUCGAGGCAAGAGGAAGAAGAACACUGAUGACACAAUGUUUGGUGAUGAUGAUGGAGACCUCCUCGGAGAUCUUGGAGACUCUCAGAAAAAAGCUACAACUUCACCUAAGGGGGGCAGCUUUUUAGAUAGCCUUUUGUCCAAGAGUCCUGCCAUAGAGAAGCCGAGAGGAGGAAGGUCAAGUGAGUUUGUUUUAGAUGAGAAAUAUAAAAGUACAAGCAAGCAGGAGGGACCGAAGAGUGGAGGGUUUCAGGGUUACACGCCAUCUUCCAGUAAACCUGGCAGCCCCAGGAAAAAAACACCCACUAAAUCACCUCUUAAAGACAACAUAGGUUUUGACUUUUUAAGUGAUGCAGAGCCAAGGAAGAGAAGCACCAGAUCAGCUCCUCAAAUAAAACCAUUUGAGAUAGAUGAUGAUGACAUCCUGGGCAACGUUAGGUCUCGCAGGAGAGGCAACAGAGAACUUUCUGGUGAGCCGAGUCCACACAGGAGGGCAUCAUCUGCUCCAGAAAAUCAAACAGGAUCCUCAAGAACAAAGAAAAAGGAUGACUGGCUAUUUGGGGAUUCUGGUGAAGCAUCCGAGGCCAUGAAGAGGACCAUGGAGGAGAACGUAGUGAUGGCCUCUGUGGAGAAGCCAGCCAGCCAGCCACAGCAGUCCCCUGGCCAAGACCAGGACUGGCUGGGGGGUCUCCUCUCCAGCAGCAAAAAGUCUCCCUCAGCUGAACAGACUCAAGUCCAGGGCAGCACAACAGACCCUGGUAGGCCUGGACCCAUGCCUCAGGGUCCAACUACACACCCAACUCCAUCUGUUGUAAGGGGCAGUGUGCCCUCAGAAGCAGGUGUAGCUCCUCAAAACCCUUCAAACCCACCCACACCUGCAGCAUCUCUACCCUACACACCUGCUCCAUUACCUACACUAGCUGGUGGCAUGCAAAACAGCCCUCAGAAUCAGUUGUUGAUGCAGCAGCAGCAGCAGCAGCAGGCUCAUGCUGCUGCCCUUGCUGCCCAGGACCAGCUCAGCUCACAGAUGGCCCAUCAGCUGCAACAACAGCAGCAGAUAAUGGCAGAGCUCAUAAGGAAACAACAAGAAGCUGCUGAGAAAAGGUACCAAGAGACCAUGUCUUCCAUGAGUCAGUUUCUCCAGGCUCCUCCAGCUGCUGCUGCAUCCUUACAAGGCAACACUGCCACGGAGCAACAGAAGGAAAUGGAAGUCAACUUGAAGGCAGCAGAAGUUGAAGCAGCCAAGGCCAGAACUGAACUUGACUUGAUCCGCAAGCAACACUCCGAAGAGGUGGCCGUCCUGGAGGAAGGUCACAGGCGGCAGCUGGAGGUGGAGCGUGAGGUGUGGGGCCGAGUGGAGGCCCGGCUCAGGCAGGAACGCGACUCCCUGCUCUCAGACUUCCAGGACAAAUUGGCUCUGCUUCAGGAGGAAAAGAAGAGCCUCUCAGAAUCAUACCAAGCCCAGCUGGCACGGGUGAAGGAGGAGUGGUCGGGAGCAGUGGAGCGAACGAGGGAGAUGUACGCCGGCAUGCUGGACCGGGUGAAGGAGGAGCACUCAUCGGCCCUGCAGCGACUGACGUACCUCAAGGACAUGGAGCUGAAGGCUGCCAUGGCUGCCACAGGACAUGCCAAGGAGGUGGAGGUGGUCAUGACACAACUAGAGAACAAUACCUCUGAACUUGGUGAACUCAGGGCAUCCAUCAGCGCCCGCCACGACUCUGCCCUGGAGAUGACACAGAGGGCGCUGAAGAUGAAAGAGAAGCAGCUACAGGACUUUGAGGAGCAGCUGGCAGUCUCACGUACAGAAGGUGAGAGUGAGCGAGGCCGACUCAACGCACUCAUCCAUCGCCUCGAGAACACUCUGUUGCAGCAGGGCUCAGAGGUGGAAAAGGAGCGUUGGCGGCUGGCACAGGAGCGGAUGAAGGUGGAGAUGGAGCGCCAAGCCAUGAUGGAGGAAAGGAAGCAUGUGCAGCUGACCACCGAGACUGAGCGACAGAACUUGGCCAAGGCUCGUGAAAACUUGCUCUCAGAACAUCGCACUCUCCUCCAGUCAGUGAUGCAGCAAAAGCAGGAGUUGUCCUUUGCACAGAAUGAGCUCAGUAGACACCAUGCACUGCCACAUCUGGCCUUUGCUGGGGCCAACAUCAAUAAAAUGACAAUGCUGGGACUGAGCGCCGAGGGGUCCUUGGUGGGUGAGGAGCAGCGCCGUCUCCGAGAGAAGACAGCGGCUGUGAACCUGCAGCAGCAACACUUGAAGGAUGAAGAGAUGAGGCUGAAUGAGCUAAGUCUGCAGCUGGAGCAAGACAAGUUGAAGCUGAAUCUUGAGAAGGAAGGAAAUGGCAAGGAAUUAACAAUGCUGGAAAAGGCACGCAGGGACAAUGAGGCAGCAAGGGAGGAAGUGAAGGGGUUGAGGGUGGAGCAUCAGGAGAGGCUUGCCCAGAUUGCUGCCCAGACUCGAUCACUCCAUCACCAGCAGGAGAACAUUGAUAAGGAACACCUACGACUGCAACAGCUGCGGGAGGAGGUGGUUCGUCUGGCCCAGGCCGGUGUGUGUCCUGUGUGCCAGGGUAAGGGUUGGGAGCAGCUGCUCCUGGAAGGACACAGCCACCGCCUGCCUGGAGAUGGGGGUGAGCGGCAAGACUCUCACACCUCACAUCUAGGGGAACCAUCCAGCAAGGUGGACCGGUCCCCUGCCUCAGUGUUGGCCCGUCUGGCCGCUGCCCGGGAGCAGGAAAACCUUGAAAGGGAGAAGAGACUGCUCAGAAUAUCUGCUCUCAAGUCAUCCUGAUGCCUGCCAGCCCUUCCUUCUUAGCACUUCCUCAUUUCAUAACCCUGCAUUGAGAAAGUGACAGAAGUACAAAAGUAAUGGGAAAUGCAGUGUGAAAAAAUGGAUAAUUAACUGGAGAAGAGAAUUUAAUUAUUGUCUUCAUGGAUGUUAUGUGAAGCAGCAGACAGCUUAUUGAUUAGUCAUCUCUGGCAAAGGAGAUGAAAAGAGGCAUGGAGGAACUGAGGAGGGAAGAAAAGGAGGACAUGUUUAUUCCCCAUGCAGUGGAGGUGGUGGUGAUGGAAGGAGAGUAAAGGAACUAAGGUGCUAAGAUGCAAUCAAAGGCAGAAAGUUGAAUGCCUGCCCCUCUCCCUGCGUAAACGUACUUCGAGUGAAAUAUACAAAAAUACUAAAGACUGAAAAAGGUGUGAAUAGACUUACUUGUGUGGCGGAUGUUUGGACUCACUGCCCUGCUGCAGCACUCGCCCUUCACUGCACUUCAGUAAUGGAAGGAGGAGGAGGAUGGGGCGACGCGCGAGGGUGGCGGCGGCAGCUGUGACUAUGACUGUGGCGUGCUGCGUGGCCUCCGUCAUGGGCCGCGUCCUGCUGCCCGCGCCCGCACCCCGUACCCCCCGCAGCACCCACAGCUGGCUCACGAACAACCUGAGCGAGCAGCAGCAGGAGGAUGAGGAGGAGGA